AUGGCCAUUGUUCCUUCUGCUGUUCGCCAAUUUUCAGCUUCUACUCGCAAUAUGUCGAACGUCUUCUUUGACAUUACCAAGAACGGAGCCCCUCUCGGUACAAUCAAGUUCAAGCUCUUCGAUGAUGUUGUGCCAAAGACGGCCGCGAACUUCCGUGCUCUUUGCACGGGCGAGAAGGGCUUUGGCUAUGCUGGCUCGCACUUCCACCGUGUGAUUCCCGACUUCAUGCUUCAGGGCGGUGACUUCACGGCUGGGAACGGCACUGGUGGCAAGUCGAUCUACGGCCAAAAGUUUGCCGAUGAGAACUUCCAGCUCAAGCACUCGAAGCCUGGUCUUCUAUCGAUGGCUAACGCGGGCCCCAACACCAACGGUUCGCAGUUCUUCAUUACAACCGUCGUAACGAGCUGGCUCGACGGCAAGCACGUCGUCUUCGGCGAGGUUGUUGAUGGCAUGAACGUCGUCAAGGCUAUCGAGGCCGAGGGCACCUCGAGUGGCAAGCCCCGCAGCCGCAUUGAGAUCGCCAAGUGCGGUGUGUGCUAA